CGCCGCGCGCCGCCGCGCCUGCUGCGCCGGUUACCCCGCGCGGCGCUCGCCGCCUCUCGCCCGUCGCCGCCGUCGUCGUCGUCGUACGGUGCAGCAGCCGUCGCCCUCGGCCGGCAGCCGCUCGGCCACCGCGCUAGGAUGGGACACACCGCCGCCGCCGCCGCCGCCGCGGGCCCCGCGCUCGGGCUCACCAAGCCCAACGCCGUCGAGCCGCCGCAGGUUUCAUUUGCUGCUAAAGACGUCGAAUUCUCCGAAUGGAAGGGAGACAUCCUCGCAAUCGCAGUGACAGAGAAUGAUCUGGUCAAAGGAUCAGACUCCAAAUUCGAGAAUGCGGUGUUGAAGAAGCUCGACGGCCAGCUCGGCGGCCUCCUGUCGGAGGCAUCGGCGGAGGAGGAUUUCACCGGCAAAGCCGGGCAAUCAGUGGUGCUCCGCCUCCCGGGGCAGGGUUUCAAGAGGGUGGGUCUGAUCGGCCUUGGGCAGAACGCCCCCUCCACCACAACGGCUUGCAAGGGCAUCGGCGAAUCCGUCGCGUCAGUUGCCAAGUCUGCUCAAGCUAGCAGCGCGGCUAUUGUUUUUGCUUCAGUGGGUGGGAUCCAGGAAGAUUUUAAGCUGACUGCUGCGGCAGCAAUUGCUUCAGGAACUGUGCUUGGGCUGCACGAGGACAGCAGAUACAAGUCGGAGUCGAAGAAGGUGCAUCUUAAACAAGUAGAUCUUAUCGGAUUUGGUUCUGGUCCAGAGGUUGACCAGAAACUUAAGUAUGCCAAUGAUCUCUCCUCGGGUGUGAUAUUCGGGAAAGAACUUGUGAACUCACCUGCAAAUGUUCUUACUCCUGCUGUGCUUGCCGAGGAGGCAUCAAACAUUGCUUCUACAUACAGUGAUGUAUUCACUGCGACAAUAUUAGAUGUGGAGAAAUGUAAAGAGUUAAAGAUGGGCUCCUACUUGGGAGUUGCUGCAGCUUCUGCGAAUCCUCCCCACUUCAUCCACUUGUGCUACAAACCACCUGGUGGGAAUGCCAAGAGAAAGCUGGCCAUUGUUGGGAAGGGUCUAACUUUUGACAGUGGUGGCUACAACAUUAAGACUGGACCAGGCUGCAGUAUUGAGCUGAUGAAGUUUGACAUGGGAGGCUCUGCAGCAGUUUUUGGUGCAGCAAAAGCUUUGGGCCAAAUCAAGCCCCCUGGAGUAGAGGUUCAUUUUAUUGUUGCUGCUUGUGAAAACAUGAUUAGUGGCACAGGCAUGAGACCUGGUGACAUUGUGACUGCUUCUAACGGGAAGACUAUUGAGGUAAAUAACACUGAUGCGGAGGGAAGGCUUACACUUGCUGAUGCUUUGGUGUACGCUUGUAAUCAAGGUGUUGACAAGAUUAUUGAUCUGGCAACACUUACUGGUGCAUGUGUCGUUGCACUUGGGCCUAGCAUUGCUGGAAUUUUCACGCCAAGUGAUGAACUAGCUAAGGAAGUUGCUGCGGCAUCUGAGAUAUCAGGAGAGAAGUUCUGGAGAAUGCCACUCGAGGAAAGCUACUGGGAGUCGAUGAAGUCUGGUGUUGCUGACAUGGUUAACACCGGUGGCCGGCAGGGUGGUUCUAUUACUGCUGCACUCUUCCUGAAACAGUUUGUGGAUGAGAAGGUGCAGUGGAUGCACAUUGACAUGGCCGGGCCAGUGUGGAACGACAAGAAGCGGGCGGCCACCGGAUUCGGCGUCUCCACCCUGGUUGAGUGGGUUCUCAAGAACUCAUCUUAAAUCAUUUAUUCCCUUGCAUUCUCAUCCCCCUGAGGAUGAGAUGACACGAGGAUUUCGGAGGAGUUUGGUGGUGGCAAAGCGGCCAGCUAGGGCCAAUGAUAUACAAAAGUUUAGUGGGCAAUUUAGAAUAAGAAAACUGGUCAUCGUCGUUUCCUUUUCAGUUGGGGUGUCGAAUUGUUUGGUGAAAUCAUCAUCAUCAUCAUCAUCACAUUCACAAGAUGUUUUGGCCAGGACAAGUCUGUUCGUGCCGUGUAGCUCUCUCCCUUUUCUCUUUUGUCAAAUGUGGAAUAACGCUCUUCCUUUUGAUUUGUGCCCCGGGAUAAUCUGAGUCAUAAAUAUUUCGACAAUAGCCUGAA